GUUUUUUUCAGCCUCAGUGAGGCUGUGUAGUAUGAAGCAGCGACUUGAACUUGACUGAAGGUGACAGAUUCGAACAUUCCAAAGUUAAAAUAAUAAUUGAAGAUCUUAAAUCUUCACAAAGAAAUAUUAAAAAAUUUAUUAAUGAAAUAAUAUAAAUUAAUGAAUAAAGUGAUAAAAAAAGAAUAAACAUAAAUAGAGUAGAAAAAAUUUGAGAGUUAUGAAAUGACAAUACUUUUGAUGUUGGAAUAAAUUGAUUACCAAAUCUUGAAAUAUAUAUAGAUAAUAUCAGUGAUAUACACCGUCACCAUGCGCCGUCGCUGAGUAUUUUACUAGUCCUCGGAUUUUCCACGGAUUCCACCGAGGCAAAGUGAAACGUCGUUGUCACCAGUUUACAUUUGACGACUAUUGAUUUAAAACGUUGUUGUAUACGUUCAAAAGUAGCUUAAUUAUUUAAGUGUUUUAUUAUAAUAUUGUGAUUAUUAUUAUUAUUAUAAUUACUACUUGGAAUACACGAAAACAAUAACUGACGAAAUGAAAGAUUUUUCAAGUGAAAUAAAAGCUUCUUCUGUUGAUACUGAUAUCCUCAACCCUUUCGUUCAUCGUCUUGAACUUGAUACUACUUAUGACAAGCUUAAGACGGCGUUCUUGACGGUUGCUCUGCUACCCUUGCGUCUAGCUUUGAUCACAGGUCUCGUAAUUUUCGCAUGGUUAUUAGCAUGCUUAGGACUUCAUGGUCUAUCAGAUGAAGAUCUACGAAGAACUCCACUUACUGGUUGGCGACGAAAAAUAGUGCCCUGGUUAUGCUUUGUCGGCCAGCUGACAUAUCGUGCUGCAGGAAUGAAAAUUGUUAUUCGCGGGAAGCAAGCAUCAAGAUCAGAAGCUCCAAUAUUGGUGGUUGCACCUCAUUCUACUUUCAUCGAUGGUGGGAUAGUCUACAUCCUUGGGUUUCCAUCAACAAUCGUCAGAAGGGAAUCCGGCUUGAAUCCAUUUGUUGGAAAAUUGAUCAACUAUACACAGCCAGUAUAUGUAUGGAGAGAUGAUCCUAACUCGAGACAGAAUACAAUAAAGGAGAUAAUUGAACGAGCAACGUCAAAAGAAGAUUGGCCUCAGAUUAUGAUAUUUCCAGAAGGAACUUGCACUAAUCGUUCUUGUUUAAUUACAUUUAAAUGUGGAGCGUUUUAUCCUGGUGUUCCUGUCCAACCUGUUUGUAUUCGUUAUCCCAAUAAAUUAGAUACUGUUACUUGGACAUGGGAAGGACCUGGACCUUUGAAAUUGUUGUGGCUUACGUUGACACAACUUAAUAGUAGUUGUGAAAUUGAAUUUUUACCAGUAUAUAAACCGAAUGAAGCUGAAAAAACUGAUCCUAAAUUAUAUGCUAACAAUGUACGACGUGUCAUGGCACAAGCUCUUGGAAUUCCUGUUUCAGAUUAUACAUAUGAUGACUGUCGUAUUAUUAGCAAAGCACAUUCAUUAAAUUUGCCAAACGCCUUUAGUAUCCUAGAUACUCAUAAACUACGCAAUACUUUAGGGCUUCAAAAUAAUAAAAUAGAACAAGAGUUAGUACAAAAAAGAAGUCAUAAAAUUGAUGAAGCUGUUGACUUUAAUGAAUUUGCAAGGAUAUUAAGAUUAGAUCCAAAGGAUCCUUUGGUUCAACAAUUAUUUAAAAUUUAUGACAAAACUAACAAAGGAUAUGUAGACAUGGAAGAAUAUAUAUUUACAGUACUUGCUAUAGAAAAAGCCAAUUCCGUCCUAGAUCUUCUUGCCAUUGCAUUUGAUGUUUGCAGCAUGCAUAGUUCAAGAUGUCUUGACAUACAAAAAUUAAGAAAGGUUUUAAGAUUUUCUCUACAACUUGAUGCUGAAGAGAGUGAUAAAAUAUUUUUACAAGUUAAUCGAGAUUCUAGUGAAUAUGAUUCAAUCUCUUUAGAUUGCUAUUCACUGUCUGCCGUUAAAUUUCCUGACGAAAAUCUAAUGCCUUUCUGCUUCAGAAAAACGGCAGAUACAUAUAGGAAAUGUUAACAGUAUUAAAGACGCGAGCGGAAUUCAAUCAUCUCUUCACUGCAGACUCUGACGAUAGAAAGAAGAAGACUAUUUGAGAGUGUCUAUACGGCUCGUCAGAAAAUCCCCAAAUUGUUUCAAAAGAUCGGGACUUUGACAAGCCGCUUCUGACAGGUGUAUGUUCAAACGCCGUUUAAAUGAAAUCAGAAAAGUAAAAAAUAUGAUGAUGAGACUUGAAUGAUAAAAAUGAAAAUUAGUUUUAUGUUUAAGAUCUUCCUAUUUAAUCAAUGUAAUCUAACAGUAUCAAAUCUUGUAAAUAGCAACCAUGAAAAAGUUUCAUAAUAUAAACAUGAGUAUUUUCAUGUCAGUAUCAUCAACUUACAAAAUGUAAGUGAAAAAAUAAAUUGCAAGAAAAUAACUCAUAGUUAGAUUAUUAAUUCUUUCAGUUUAUUACUCAGGGCUACUGACUGUUAAAAGUUUUAAAACUUUCAUCAGUCUCGUAACGAUAUUUUGUUCAAGUUAAUGACUUACGUGGUUAAAUACAAUUAAUUUUAUUAUCUCCCACUUGACAGAAAUUUAACACAGGAUAAAAUAUAAACAAGUUAGAAGCAUAUCGUGUACAGAUAUUUAUACUAAAUGUAAAAUUAUGUUAUGUAAAAUUUCUCUGAUAAAAAAGUAUGAAAAAAACUCAAUAACAAAAUACUUUGAUAUUCAAUAUCUUUUACAAAGAUAAUUAGCUCACAAUUCAGUUUUCAAAUUACUUUUAAUUUUUAAUAUCAUAUGAAUCAUUAAUUGUAAAACCUAUCUCUAA